CGGGGAAGGAAGGUGUUUGUAGGCUCCCAUGACGUCCCUGCGGCCCCUCUUGGCCUCCCUGCUGGCCCUCGCCCUCACGCUGCCUCCGGGCGCCCUGGGCUCCUGGAACAAAGCCAACACCUUCUGCCACACGGUCGCCCCCGACGGCGACGGCCGCUCCCGGUUCCUGAGCUUCUUGUGGCGGCGCCCCGACGGGCUCCCGCCCGCGCUGGUCCAAAGCGCGUGGGACUCCCGGGGGCGCCUUCAGGGCUGCGCUUGGAGGACGGAGCCGUCCCUUAUCAGCCGCUACGCGGAGCUGUGCGCGCCUCCUCCACCGACGGGGCCCGGGAGCCGUCGAAGGAGCGGCGUGCCAGGGACCCCCACGGCAGCCCUUUGAUACGCUCCUACUGGGGGCCGGAGCUGCAGCGACGGCUCCCCGCCUUAGACGCGCAGAAAGACUCCUGCAGGGCGCCUCCGGGAGAGGCCGGAGCUGGCCGUCGGGGGGUAUUGGAAGAUCGGGGGCACAAGCGGGUCCGGAGGGGUUGGACGAUGCCCGGGACGCUUUGGUGCGGAGCUGGCGACUCGGCAGGGAACUUCACCGAACUGGGCGUCUUCCAAGGCCCAGACGUGUGUUGUCGGGAGCACGACAUGUGCGAAGCUCAGAUCUCUGCGCUGGGCUACAAAUUCGGGAUGCGCAACUUCCGCCUGCACACAAUAUCUCACUGCGAGUGUGAUGAGCGGUUCAAGCAGUGCCUGUUGGAUCAAAACGACACCAUCUCCAACCUCGUGGGCAUCAGCUUCUUCAACCUACUGGAGAUUCCCUGCUUUGUCUUGGAGAACUCUGAGCAAUGCCUGGAAUGGCAUUGGUGGGGUGGGUGCAAGGAGUAUGGCCUGAAGCCAUUGGCUCGCUUGGUGGAGCAGAGCCAGUACCAUGCCGCCUUGCCAUACGUCGAGAGCUCCAGCCCUGUCACGCCUCCACCCCCACCCAGAAGGCAUUGGGGCAAGGGCAGGAAGCACGGCGGGAAGAAGAACCGGAAACACCGGAAACAUCCAGAACAGGAUGCCGCAGAAAGCCUGCGGCCGCACCCGGAACACCCAGGCGCUUCAGGUUCUGUGACUCGGCCGAUCCUGACCUCCAAGCCAGAUAGGAUCGCACACUUCCCAGUACGCACCAGUCCGGGAGUGGUCUCCGUGAACAAGGAGAGAGUGCCUUUGCCACCCACCCUCAGGACUACAUCAAAACCAGACUUGUUCAGGUCAGGAGGCGUUCACACGACGGCACAUUCAGAUGUGCAGCAAACUGGUGCGAUCGCCACAAGGCUACCCAACGAGGCAGGGCAGGAAGCAGUGUCGUCGUCUAACGCCAGCAAACACAACCGCACUCGUAAACCGGGUAAACUAGCCCAGUCGCGGAGCUGCAGCUGCUACCGACGCCUGGACCAGUGCCCGUACAGGAUCGGGCCCAACGAGGUCAAAUACCAGCUCCACAAUGUGGACUCCCGCACCCUCUUCCACUGCAACUGCACCCGCAGGCUGGCCCGGUUCCUCCGGAGGACGAAGGGUCCCAACGAGGUGGAAGAGGAGGUUCUCUCUGGCUACGUCUCCUCCUCAUGUUUCAUCCUGCAGAGGCCUCCAGGUUGCAUGGAAGCAGAGGGCAAGCAAUCCAACUGCAUUGAUGUGGGCAGAGCCGUCCUGGCCCCGGCACGGCACCUCACCAAUCGGCUGGCGCGGACGCACAGGGGCUCCCGCCUCAAGGUGAAGCGGCAGGAGUGGGCGCCCCCCAGCCAGCCUCUCCGACUGUUCGAUAAAUGCAUGCAGCUGCUGUGAAGGCACCCACCAGACCUGGCCCCGUUGAGCCGCAGGCAUCUUCCUUUGGACACUGAUGGGGUGGGGGGGUUGCAGCUGAGCUCGGCCCCCAUGAAGUGGACUGCCCUGGCUUGACCAUGGGGCUGCCUCUACUUCCGCUGAUGUCACUGAGAAUAUGAUGCCCCCCAGCCAUGCUGAGCGCAGCAGGGGAAAGGGCUUCCCUCUGGAGGCUGAGAAAUCAGUGCUUACCAGUGCUCACCAUCAGCACAGCUUUGUGCAGAAGAGGCCAAGAAAUGGCCUUGUGGGGGGUGUCGUAAAAGGGCUCUCUUUGCGGAGGGUGGGUUUGUCUUGACCUGAGAACAGACUCUGCUCAUCUUCAGCAGACAAAUGGGUUCCAACCCCUUUGAGGACUCACGGGGGGGGGGGGGACAUUGGAUUACGUGGCAUGGAAUGGAAGUGGAAGGGGAGAGGACCCCGCCAAGGAGAAAUGAGCCCUCCUGCUCCUUAAUCCUCUUCCUGCUCCUUUUCCCUUAAUGGUGUAUUUAUUAAGAAAGUUCUUGCUGUGUGUUUUGUAGGAUGUUGUCGCAGCUGGACGUACCCCAAACUCUGCACCCUUGCUUAUAAUUUAUUGGGAGGGGGGUGGUUCUUGCUGCAGCUACUGUAAAUAGUGUACUAAUGAAUAAAAGUGCUUUUUUCUGUA